AUGGACGAUGCACCACCUCCCUAUGAAGCUCACCCGUCGGCGCCCACUCCCGCUGCGAUAUCGGCACCUUCAUCAAGCCACCCGGUCAUUUUCCAAAUCAAUUGUCCGCAGAACCGCGACUACUACAUCCACGCGAGCUCCGACAAAAAGUCAUGGCUAAGAGCACAAAUUAAUUGGGGCGUCAAGUCCGACCUAGCCCUCUACAGCAGCGAUGCGCCAAACCGCGAACUAAUGUCCUGCAUCUUCAAGGAAACAACCUGCUCGCUCGACAUGGGCACAUUCAAGAACCAAAUGACCGGUGAAAAAGAAAAAAUAUGGUGGUCAGCCGGACUGGACCCCAGCAUCCGAUUCCUCAACGCUGUCGAAUACCGCUUCAAGGCCAAAGUGCAGAAUGCAGCAAACCCGUUCGCCAUCAUGACCGGAGCCCACAGCGCGACUGCGCGACCUUUCAUCUGGAAGAGUCAGGAAUCAGACUGGAGGUUGGUGGAUGAGUCGACGGGCAAUGUGGCUGCUGUUGUACGCGACGUGGAUCUUCCCGCGACUAAGUACGGCUCGAUUGAGAUCUUGAUGAGCUACGGCGAUAUGUUCAGUGUGAUUGUCUUCUCGACUUAUCUGACGAUCUGCGAGAAGGUGAAACGAGAGAUGAAGAGCGCCAGGCAUUGGAUCCGGUAG